GUUUAAUUUCCUUUUUCAAUAGAUUCCGACAAAAUCCACUCGCUCUCGAUCCACCACCACCACUAUAUAAACAAGAGCGAAGCCUUGGAGAUGAAGAGCAGAGUAAGAAGAGAUAAGAAGAACAACGAUAAUAACAACAACGACCUCUUCUGUUGUAAUUACACACAGAUUGAGACUAUGGAGAGAAAGCCCCUUGAGGUUGAGACCACGACGACGACGACGACGACGACCGAUGAUGUUACUUCGACGACGGUCGAUUCUUUCGAGGAGGAGCAGAAAAAACUUGUUUAUAGAGGAUGGAGAGUCAUGCCUUUCAUCAUUGGUAAUGAGACAUUUGAGAAGCUUGGGAUCAUUGGGACAUUAUCGAACCUUCUUGUCUACUUGACUUCUGUAUUCAACCUUAAGAGCUACACAGCUGCAACUAUCAUCAAUGCCUUUAGUGGCACUAUCAAUUUCGGGACUUUCAUCGCUGCUUUCCUCUGUGACACUUACUUUGGUCGCUACAAGACUCUCUGUGUUGCUGUCAUCGCUUGUUUUCUGGGAUCGUUUGUGAUACUACUGACUGCUGCAGUUCCUUCAUUGCACCCCAUUGCUUGUGGAAACAAAAGCACAUGCGAAGGGCCAAGUGUGGGACAGAUCAUGUUCCUGCUGAUGGGUUUAGGGUUUCUUGUGGUAGGUGCUGGUGGUAUCAGACCGUGUAACUUAGCGUUUGGUGCUGAUCAGUUCAACCCCAAAUCCGAAUCUGGAAAGAAAGGGAUCAACAGUUUCUUCAACUGGUACUUCUUCACCUUCACGUUCGCGCAGAUCAUCUCGCUCACGCUAAUUGUGUAUAUCCAGUCAAAUGUGAGUUGGACUAUCGGUUUGACUAUCCCGGUGGUUCUGAUGUUCUUGGCGUGCGUGAUCUUCUUUGCGGGCGAUAGAUUGUAUGUAAAAGUAAAAGCCUCAGGUAGUCCUUUGGCUGGUAUUGCUCAUGUUAUUGCAGCCGCGAUCAAGAAACGAGGAUUGAAGCCGGUUAAGCAGCCUUGGGUUGAUCUUUACAACCAUAUCCCGCGCAACUAUGUAAAUACUACUCUAAAAUACACCGACCAGUUGAGAUUUCUCGACAAAGCAGCUAUUAUGACCCCAGAGGACAAGUUGAACUCUGAUGGAGCGGCUUCUGAUCCAUGGAAACUAUGCACAUUGCAGCAAGUGGAAGAAGUGAAAUGCAUUGUAAGAGUGAUUCCAAUUUGGCUUGCUUCCUCAGUUUACUACCUUGCAAUAAGUAUGCAAAUGACUUAUCCGGUCUUCCAAGCGCUCCAGAGCGACCGGCGAUUGGGUUCUGGCGGCUUCAGGAUUCCUGGCGCAACCUAUGUAGUGUUCUUAAUGACGGGCAUGACAGUUUUUAUCGUAUUCUACGACCGUGUCCUUGUCCCCUCGCUCAGGAGAGUGACCGGGUUAGAAACCGGGAUAACACUCUUACAAAGAAUCGGAGCAGGGAUUGUAUUUUCGAUAUUGAGUUUAUUAGUUUCUGGAUUUAUAGAGGAACGGAGAAGAACCUUUGCGCUGACAAGACCGACACUCGGGAUGGCGCCUCGGACAGGAGAAAUCUCCUCCAUGUCAGCUCUGUGGCUGAUUCCGCAGCUCACACUUGCAGGCAUAGCAGAAGCUUUUGCUGCCAUUGGACAAAUGGAGUUUUACUACAAGCAGUUUCCUGAAAACAUGAAGAGCUUCGCGGGUUCUAUCUUCUAUAUAGGUGGAGGCAUUUCGAGCUACCUCGCUAGCUUCUUGAUCUCAACUGUUCAUCGAACAACUGAGCAUUCACCUUCAGGGAAUUGGUUAGCUGAGGAUCUGAACAAAGCGAAACUGGAUUAUUUCUAUUUCAUGCUCACAGGAAUCAUGGUUGUUAACUUUGGUUACUUCUUGUUGAUGGCCAAAUGGUAUAGAUACAAAGGCAGCAAUGACGAAGACAUCACUGAGAUUGAGAAAAAUGAAGAAGAGACCAAGCAACAGCAGCUACAAGACAAGAACUCUGUCUGAUCUGGAAACUUAUUUAUUUUUGGUCUUUCUUCUUCAGUCUCCCUCUUUUCUUGUUGUUCUUUUUCUUUACUCUAAGUCAAUCUCUGUGUACUCCAUAGAUUAAAAUUAAAUGAAGAAAUCACUUCAUCUUUA